AUGGCUACGUCGAAGCCGCAGGCAGUGCCCAGGGAGGAGGAGACCACCAUCCUGAUGGCCAAAGAAGAACUGGAGGCGCUGCGUACCGCCUUCGAGUCGGGCGACCUGCCCCAGGCCGCCUCCCGCCUGCGCGAGCUGCUGGCCUCGUCCGAGUGCAUCCGCCUGGAGGUGGGGGUCACCGGGGAGUCGGGUGCUGGCAAGUCGUCCCUCAUCAACGCCCUGCGCGGCCUGGGCGCUGAGGACCCAGGUGCCGCGCUCACCGGCGUUGUGGAGACCACCAUGCAGCCGUCGCCGUACCCGCACCCCCAGUUCCCGGACGUGACCCUUUGGGACCUGCCGGGCGCCGGCUCCCCGGGCUGCUCCGCCGACAAGUACCUGAAGCAGGUGGAUUUCGGCCGCUACGACUUCUUCCUGCUGGUGUCGCCGCGCCGCUGCGGGGCGGUGGAGAGCCGCCUGGCUGCCGAGAUACUGCGCCAGGGCAAGAAGUUCUACUUCGUGCGCACCAAGGUGGACGAGGACCUGGCGGCCACGCGCAGCCAGCGGCCGUCGGGCUUCGCGGAGGCGGCGGUGCUGCAGGAGAUCCGCGAGCACUGCGUGGAGCGCCUGCGCGCAGCGGGCGUGUCCGACCCGCGCAUCUUCCUGGUCUCCAAUCUGUUCCCGUCGCGCUACGACUUCCCGCUGCUCAUGUCCACCUGGGAGCACGACCUGCCCGCGCACCGGCGCCACGCCGGGCUGCUGUCACUGCCGGACAUCUCGCUGGAGGCCCUGCAGAAGAAGAAGGACAUGCUGCAGGAGCAGGUGCUCAAGACGGCGCUGGUGUCCGGGGUCAUCCAAGCGCUUCCGGUGCCGGGGCUGGCGGCCGCCUACGACGACGCCCUGCUCGUGCGCUCGCUGCGCGGCUACCACCGCAGCUUCGGCCUGGACGACGACUCGCUGGCCAGACUGGCCGAGCAGGUGGGCAAGCAGGCGGGCGACCUGCGCUCAGUCAUCCGCUCGCCGUUGGCCACCGAGGUGUCCCCGGAGACGGUGUUGCGGCUCUAUUCGCAGUCGUCGGAUGGCGCCAUGCGCGUGGCGCGCGCCUUCGAGCGCGGCAUCCCCGUGUUCGGCACGCUGGUGGCCGGCGGCAUCAGCUUCGGCACAGUGUACACCAUGCUGCAGGGCUGCCUCAACGAGAUGGCCGAGGACGCCCAGCGGGUGCGCAUCAAGGCCCUGGAGGAGGACGAGCCGCAGCCUGAGCUCAGCCUGGAGGCGGCGGGCGACGGGGGCGCGGAGAAGCGGGGGGCUGGGGAGGGCGGCGGCGAGGAGGCCCCGCUGUCUGCGCGGCGGAAGCUGGGCCUGAUCCUCAAGUACAUUCUGGACAGCUGGAAGAGGCGGGACUCGGAGGAGAAGUGA